UCCCCCUUAUCCUCUUCCAUUCAACCAACACACGUCCACAUAUCUAGUCUACACCCUUUGAAAUUGCAAGUUUCCCGCAUCUUUAAAGAAUUUAGAAACAUGUCAAGAACUAUAGAGAUUACAAUUUUGUCAGCAGAAGAUCUCCAAGUGAAUAGAAAGCACAUUAAAGGUAAGGCAUUUGUGGAGGUUCAAUCCGAUGCAAGCAGCGAAGUUGGGACAACCAAAGUAGAUUCAAACAAUGGGAGUUACCCUUCAUGGAAUGAGAAAAUUGUCAUGGAUGUGCCAUUGCAUUCAAGGUUCAUAACAAUUGAUGUGAGAUGCAGGACAUCAUCUACAGCGAGUAACAGCAUUGGAAUGGCUAGAAUACCGGUUUGUGAAUUUGUAGGAGGGUAUGUGCCUGAGAAUCAAUUACAAUUCUUGAGCUAUAGGUUGUGGGAUAGUAAGGUUAGGAGAAAUGGGGUUAUAAAUAUUUCAGUGAGAGUUAAAGUGUCACAUCACUCCUGUUCCGGUUCGAUACCGUUGUCGGCGACCGGAGUGCCGGUGGCCGGUAAUGGCACCACUGGAGUUGUAACGGGGAUUCCUGCUGUGUGGUUAAACUACCAAAGGAAUCUUUGAAGGGCUUUGUCUUGUUGUGUGCUAAAAAAGAAAGUAUGCACUUCCUUUCUAUUAUUGGAAAAUUUUCCAUUAAUGAUAUGUUCAAUUAAGUACAA